AUGACUGGUAAUCUUAAUCUUGGUAAUAAUAAAAUAGUUAACCUCAGUGACCCCACCACAGAUCAAGAAGCUGCUAAUCGCGGAUGGGUUCGUAAACAAAUAGAUCGCCUUGAUCAUCAUUCUGGAGACGCCUCAAGUAGUGUAUUUACCAUAACAGAUCCAGCUGCACCAACGACUUUGUAUCUACAAUAUAUCUCAGGUUCAUCAUUUGAUGAUUUUGUUUUUACAACAUCAGCACCUGGUCAACCUCUGGUAGGGUGGGCACCAACUGCUAACACAUACAUUAACAAAAUAGAAUUUCAAUUUGGUUCGCGAAAUAUAAACGUUGACUUUUUGUGGUUUAUACCCACAGAUACCUCUCAUUCCAAUUCUAACUUUUGGGUAAGUGGAAAUCGUACUGACACUUGGUCAUUAAAUAUUAACAAGUCUUGGAAUUAUAAUAUGUCAGGAGUAAAACUAAGAACCCAUAACAAUUCAAAUCACACAGCUAUCACUUGUAGGCUAUUCACUGAUCUGCCAAAAGCAAUAACCAAACCACUUAAGAGAAUAGAAAUCAACACACCUAAAAUUGUAAUAAGUGGGGUUGUAAAAGCUGAUGUCAACCUUGGUGGUAAUAAAAUAGAGAAUCUGGGUGUACCAACCCAAGACAAUGAAGCAGUAAACAAAGGUUAUGUUGACAAUCUAGUUCAUCAUACUGCAGUUCAACCAAGUCAUUAUAAAGAUGAAUUUAGUUACCUCAUGUCAAGUGGGUCUCAAUGGACUGAUGAAAUAGAUAGUGGAUUUAGUUUUUUUAUAAAUAAGAUAGGAGACUUAUCUCCUUCUAAAGGUAAUUUUCAUGACUAUAACCACAAAGUUAUUUACAUGACUAUAGUCAAAAAUUCUGAAGGUAAAUAUAAGUAUAAGAUGGGAAUUAAUUUUUUCAGACUAGAUCCAAAUACUGAUUACACACUAUGUUUGGAAAUACUCAACACUGAUUAUGAUCUUUUUAAUAAUACUCAAAUAACUGUUGACAAAGGAACUUCAACAGGAUUAUCAAUUGGAAAUGUAAGUGUAAAAAAACUAUCCCAUGAAUAUAAAGUUUCAUCAGUGUUAACAAAAAUUAUGUUGUACCAUAGAAUAAUAAUUAAUUUCAGGAAGUUGUUAUCUGGGAAUAAGUACUUUCUUCACAUUUUGGUUGAUAUUCUUCGGGGUGGAUAUAACCUGGCUUCGUAUCCGAGAUUAUUUUCAGGAGUUUAUAUGAUUGCUUAUGGUCUUAAGGGUACAUUUAGAAAUAUCGAUUCAGAUAAAGUUUACGACUAUCACACCGCAUUUGAUAUUAAACCAACAGAAGUGGAGUACAAUGUUGAUAUUAAUGCAAAUUUUCAUUUAAUUAAAAAUAUCAACUUUGACCGAAACAAUGAUCUUAGUGCUGCACCAGUUUUACUAGUAAAAGAAUUAGCUCCUUUUACUAAAAAUGCUUUGUACAGAUUAUACUUUUUUAGUGUCUAUGACUUUGCUGAUGCGGAUAGUUACGGAAUAAAUAUAGGUUCAUCUGGAGUUAUUAUUAAUUCGGUAAAUACCUAUAUUACACUACCUCCUAAUAAAGACUUAAGUAAUAUAAAAAAAGAUGGCUUACAUGUUAAUGGUUAUGAUGUUACUUUUUCCCCUACACGUCAUUUUUCGAAAACUACUUUAUGUAUUGUUUUUACUCAUUGGAGAAAUAGGAGUUUUACCCUAACUAAAUAUUUAUCAACAAACAAUAGCAUACUGUUAAAAUUAGAUUAUAAUAAAACAAACAAUAAAGUAACUUUAACUGUUAAUAAAACAACUCAAAAUUUUACCAUGCUAAGUAGUUUUAACGGAAAAAUAAUUGUUGUAUGGUUGGCAGAAGAUUUAAGUGCAAAUGUCACAAAAGUUUCAAUAAGUAACUACAGCGCAGCAUUAACUAUACCAGCUGUUAAUUACAAUGCUAAUCAACGUUGGAAGUUUACAACUGAAGAUGGAGUGUUAUUAAGAUUAAUGUUUUCUCCAAACUUUUACGACACUGACUCUGAGCAAUAUCAUAAAGUAAUGCUUCAAGAAAAGUUAAAUGGAUCUUAUAUAAUAUAA